CGGGCGCUCCUGACGCCCUCCUCCCCUCCCCAGCCCCGGCUCGCAGCUCUCCUAAGCGGGCCGGGCAUCUCUCCUGGCAUCCAACGCCCGGAUCCCCAGGAACAGCGCUGCCCGGAGGAGUGAAGCGUCCCGGACGACCGGAGCCCCUGGCCGCAGGGGGGUGCCCCAGGGCCGCCGCUGCGAGGAGGAGGAGGACGCGGGGGGACCAUGCGGCGCCUCACUCGCCGCCUGGCUCUGCCCAUCUUCGGGGUGCUGUGGAUCACUGUGCUGCUCUUCUUCUGGGUCACCAAGAGGAAGUUGGAGGUGCGGUUGGGACCCGAAGUGCAGACCCCUAAGCCUUCCGACGCUGACUGGGAGGACCUGUGGGAGCAGUUUGAUGAGCGGCGGUAUCUGAACGCCAACAAGUGGCGUGUUGGUGACGACCCCUACAAGCUGUAUGCUUUCAACCAGCGGGAGAGCGAGCGGAUCCCCAGCAACCGGGCUGUCCCAGACACGCGGCACAAGAGGUGCGCAUUGCUGGUGUACUGCACCGACCUUCCUCCCACCAGCAUCAUCAUCACCUUCCACAACGAGGCGCGCUCCACCCUGCUCAGGACCGUCCGCAGCAUAUUGAACCGCACGCCCAUACAUCUGAUCCAGGAAAUCAUAUUAGUGGAUGACUUCAGCAAUGACCCCGAAGACUGCAAGCAACUCCUCAAGCUGCCCAAGGUGAAGUGCUUACGCAACAAUGAGCGGCAAGGUCUGGUCCGGUCCCGGAUGCGGGGUGCUGAUAUCGCUCAGGGGACCACUCUGACUUUCUUGGACAGCCACUGCGAGGUCAACAGGGACUGGCUUCAGCCCCUGCUGCACAGGGUCAAAGAGGAUUACACCCGAGUGGUAUGUCCCGUGAUCGACAUCAUUAACUUAGAUACCUUCAACUACAUCGAAUCUGCCUCAGAACUCAGAGGAGGGUUUGACUGGAGCCUGCACUUCCAAUGGGAGCAGCUCUCCCCAGAGCAGAAGGCUCGGCGUCUGGACCCCACUGAGCCCAUCCGGACUCCGGUCAUAGCUGGCGGGCUCUUCGUGAUUGACAAAGCCUGGUUUGACUCCCUGGGGAAGUAUGACGUGGACAUGGACAUCUGGGGUGGGGAGAACUUUGAGAUCUCCUUCCGGGUGUGGAUGUGCGGGGGCAGCCUGGAGAUCAUCCCAUGCAGCCGGGUGGGGCACGUCUUCCGGAAGAGGCACCCUUACGUUUUCCCCGAUGGGAAUGCCAACACAUACAUAAAGAACACCAAGAGGACCGCUGAAGUGUGGAUGGACGAGUACAAACAAUACUACUAUGCCGCCCGGCCCUUUGCCCUGGAGAGGCCCUUUGGGAACGUCGAGAACAGGCUGAACCUGAGGAGGAAUCUGCACUGUCAGAGCUUCGAGUGGUACCUGGAGAAUGUCUACCCCGAACUCAGGGUCCCCUCUGACUCCUCCAUCCAGAAGGGCAACAUCCGGCAGAGGCAGAAGUGCCUUGAGUCGCAAAAGCACAAAAACCAAGAGACCCCACAUAUAAGGCUGAGCUCCUGUAUCAAAGUUAAAGGCGAGGAGGCAAAGUCUCAGGUGUGGGCCCUCACGUACACCCAGCAGAUCGUCCAGGAGGACCUGUGCUUGUCUGUUGUCACCCUGUUCCCCGGAGCCCCGGUGGUUCUCGCUCUGUGCAAGAAUGGAGACGACAAGCAGCCCUAGGCAAGGGACACCCUCAGGGGUGCCAGCGGCAAUAACUGUAUUGACCCCACUGGUCAGUUCACACACGAGAGCCCACAUACCUCUGCCAACCUUGCCAGACCCGCUCACCGUGUGCACAGCUGUCACUUGUCCGUUUUCCAUCUGGGAUCCUGCACACGGAUCUCAGAUAACAAUAGCCAUUACCACUGGACACUUUGCCUUCAGGACCUUGGGCUCUGGCCAAGGUCACCCUGUCCCGGAUGCAUCCUGUUCUUCUAGAAGCAGGUGUUGGCCCUGCUGCACGUCUGGUCACUGGCUCCUGUUGGAGAGGCUGAGGUCCAAGAGGUCAUUUCGUGGCGCGCUGCACGGAGAGCCACUGGAGCCUCCCUCUCCUCCGCUCCGCAGUAGGGCCGAUGCGACCUGAAGCAGCCAUCUACAGUGGUCUCUGCACAUGAAGCAGGGAGCUCCACCCGCUCAGGGCGGUCCCCAGUCCACAUCCAUCCUGCUGCCCUUGUGAAUGAGGAGGUCGUGGAACAGGGCAUGAACCCCUGUCCUGUGAGCCCUCAGAGGCAGGUGUGAAGAAGUCCCCUGCCCCUCUUGCUGGCACACUCAGUGCCCCCACCCCCUCUUUCCCUCACACGGACGUGGAGUGCAGAUUAAUUUUGUAACUAACAGUUCAUAUUUUCUGGCCUAUUGCUUUGCGAGUUAUUGCCUCCUGAUGAGUUUUCUAACAAACA